CCUCCUCCUCCUCUCCCCUGCUUGCGGUGCGACGGCGGAGUGGUGGCUUCAGCGCAGUUUCCGGUCCAGGAUUUCGAGCCGUGUGCGCUUACCGAGAGCUUUCAUUAAACCUGACCGGAUAACGGCUCAUAUUUCGGCCUGAGAAAAGCCGGGGCUCGCUUUCCUGCGGAUUUGCUUCAGCUCAUUUGUGAAACACAAUGGCGGAUCAGCUGACUGAGGAACAGAUUGCAGAGUUCAAGGAGGCAUUUUCCCUCUUCGACAAAGAUGGCGAUGGCACUAUCACCACUAAAGAGUUAGGAACUGUGAUGCGUUCACUUGGUCAGAACCCCACAGAAGCUGAGCUGCAGGACAUGAUCAAUGAGGUCGAUGCUGAUGGAAAUGGAACAAUAGACUUUCCAGAGUUUCUGACCAUGAUGGCCAGGAAGAUGAAGGAUACAGACAGUGAAGAGGAGAUCCGAGAAGCCUUCAGAGUCUUUGACAAAGAUGGAAAUGGAUACAUCAGUGCAGCUGAACUACGCCACGUCAUGACCAACCUUGGCGAGAAGCUGACGGACGAGGAAGUGGAUGAAAUGAUUAGAGAGGCUGACAUUGAUGGCGACGGGCAGGUGAAUUAUGAAGAGUUUGUGCAAAUGAUGACUGCAAAGUGAAAGAUGUUUUCCAUUCUGUCUCUCUUUUACAUUGCUUGUCCUACUAAGAUCACUCUGUUUUUAGAAAAUAAAUGAUCAGAAGUUUA